GGUAACAUCUUGGCGGGAGUUUUCACAAAGUUGUGACAAUUCUUGAGUAUUUUUGGAUUUAGUAAGUUACUGCCAUGGUGAUACGUGCUAUUUAUGGAUGCUGUAACACAGAAAGGGACAAUGUUUGAAGUGAAAAGGUUAGCGUUUAUCGUUUCCAUAAAGAUCCCAAAAUGCGUAGGAAGUGCGUGAACAUUAGCAGAAGUCACCAUAAGUAAACACCAAAAACGCACGAGUAUGCUCGGUUCAUUUUCAACAACGAUUAUGCAAGAAACCUGAGGCAAGAAUUGCUUAACUAUUGCCCUGCAAAUAGAGGAAAAUUGAAGGAUGAUGCCAUACCGAACCAACGUUUACCUCUGCAUGAUAGUGCCACUAAUUAUUUAGGAUGAAGGUGGAGAAACCCGUGAUGCGCCAUCUGCCGGCCGACUGGCAUCGAAACAACGCCUCCAUACGCCAGGGCAGCGAGGAUACCAGGACCACCUCCCACAACUUACGCCACGAGUCGACGCAUUUCCGCAACGAGACGACCAAUAAGACAUGGUGGGACAACUUCGACAACACCACGAGACUUCAGGAUCGCAUCUACGAAGUUCGAAGAGUCACAGAAGAUCUCCAGAGGUCCCUCUCCCAGGUUUUGGAGGAAAUAGCAAAGCUGGAGAGAGCGAAAGAGACGACUGAAGCUGAGCUGGAGGCUCGCGUCCUCCCUCUGAACACCGCCCUCGAGUGCCUCACGAUCCGAGAGAGGCGGCGCGAGGGUGACCUCGUCAAGGAUGACCCCGAGAUCGACCUUCACAAGGAGGUUCGAAUGCUCGAGAAUUCUCGGGCGGAACUCGAGAAGGUCGUCCUCGAGUCCGUGUCCCACCUCCGGGUUCUUCACGACGCCAAGCAACGUCUUCAGGAUGAUAUUAAAGACAAGCUGGCAGCUCUGGAAGUAGACAAAGCACAGGAAGCCCUCACAGAACAUUCUCCUGAGAUUUCCUUCAAGCCUGAACCUUUGCGGGUUCCCAAAGGAACGAUCCUUCCUGCCGACUGGCUAGAUCAUCCACUGAAAAACAUGGCGGUGACUGAAACAGCUAUCAAGGACUCUCAGGCUCUCAGGGACAAAAUGUGUGUAACGAUCCAAGUAAGAUCUUUUACACGGCAACAGACUGCAACAGACUACGCUGUCCGUCGACGCCUCCACCAGGAGAUUCGUGCACGAGACGAGCUGCAGUGGCAGAAGAAUUGCUUGCUGGAGGAGAUACGCGCACAGGAAAAGGAGAUUUCAGACCUCGAGGAGCAACUGAGGGCUUCUUCCCUCCCGCUGAAGGUGGCCCAGACGAGGCUGGAGGGCCGAACUGCCCGGGUCCGCUUCGAUCUGGUGCGCGACGCCCCUCAGGAUGGUCUCAUGGCUGAAGUAGAACACCUGACGGAGACGAGGAACUUACUCAGGGAGAAGUUGGCAAGAGCUCUGGACGCCCUCCACGCCCUACAGCGGCAUCUGCGGACAGUCGACGUCGACCUAGGCAGGAAGUGCCUUUCAGUCAGUCUAGAACAGAAGGUGCAGGGGGCCAGGCAGGCCCUCAAGGACAGGGCACCGCCGGAGACCUUGACCCAGGCUAACCUUACUCUGACGGGAUCUCUCAGGGCUCAUCCUACUCAUAUCCUGUAGGAUUUUGUAGGGCUAAUAACUAGAUUUCAUAAAUGAUUUUUUUAAACAAACAAUUUAGUGAUAUGAACAGACAAGCCAAAGAACAUUUAUAGUAUAUCUAAGGGUAUCGUAA